CGGAGGAGGGCCCUUGUAAAGGGUGCGCGUUCCCGUGGCGGUGCACCCGGUAGGUUUCAGUCAGAGUCACUAUGGCGGCCUGCGCUGGCAAGGUCGGAAAGUUUCCUGCUUCGUCCGCCACCGCCUGAGCUGGCCGCGCUGGCCGCGAGUGGAGAAGGCUCCGGCGGACCCAGCCCCGGCCUCCAGGCCUCUCCCUGCACCUCCGGGCCAGCCUCCCUCCCCCACCCCGCCGUCCUCCGGGAGCUGCCAGUCCCUGAGAUGCGACCCUCGCGUGGACGAUCCUGACGGGAGGUGGUCCAUGUGCUGAGCGGCAGAGCCCCGAGCUCCGGAACCAACUUCGCGCCGGCCCGGGUUCCCAAGCCCUCCCUGGGGUAGCGCCUCGCUCUGUCCGCACCGGCCUGCAGAGCCAGGUCCCCGCCCUGGUCGCGGGGACACCCGCCAGGUGCCCGGGACUCGCGACUCAGCAGCCGCCCGGGCCGCCUCCAGCCUGGGAUCGCGGGCUCGGCUCACGCUGGCCCGGGGACCCCUGCCACUCCCGGGCGGCCUCGGCGCAGCAGGGGCCAUGCGCUCCUGUCCGCUGGUCCUCUAGCCCUUCUCGUGGACCCCCGCGCCCCUUCUCAUCCCCGAGGACCGGCGGUGGCCGCCCGGAGAUCCUCGGCUCCUCUCCCUGGGGCCCCGAAGGACCUUCCUGGCUGCACUCAGCCAGACCCUCUUCAUGCUGCAGUGCUGCACCGUUUCCGCUACAGUAGGGGAGAAGCGGCCGGGAUAUCAAAGAACACCCAAGAAUUGGUGUGUGACUCGUCUGCCUGGAUACCUCCCGUCCCCAAACUGUCUUCCAGGAGUUUUCUUGGCCGAAGCUGCCCAAUGUUUGAGCCUUUUCUUCCUAGGGAAGAUGGACUGAAAGCGGCUGGCAGGGGACUUUUUUUGGUCAAGGAGCCUCAGUGUUUUAGAGGAGGUGAUGGGGCUUGCGCUGGCUUGUCUUCCUGCCCAUUUGAAGAGUUGUUGAUGUUCACUGGUUAUGCUUAGACAAUGCGCAGUUUGUUUUAAUUUAAAAAUUUUGGGGGGAUAGGGGUAUAGGCUUGUGAAGAGCGUUCCGAACCUGGAGGAGCUCCUCAUUGUCCCUGGUAGAGACACCCCCCAGCCUGUCCUCGAUGCCGUCAGCCUUGGCCAUCUUCACUUGCCGCCCGAACUCGCACCCGUUUCAGGAGCGUCAUGUCUACCUGGACGAGCCCAUCAAGAUUGGCCGCUCGGUGGCACGCUGUCGACCAGCGCAAAAUAAUGCCACCUUUGAUUGCAAAGUGCUGUCAAGGAACCAUGCUCUCGUCUGGUUUGAUCACAAGACGAGCAAGUUUUAUCUUCAAGACACUAAGAGUAGUAAUGGUACUUUUAUAAAUAGCCAGAGAUUGAGUCGAGGCUCGGAGGAAAGUCCACCAUGUGAAAUUCUUUCUGGUGACAUUAUCCAGUUUGGGGUAGAUGUGACAGAGAAUACCCGCAAAGUUACCCAUGGGUGUAUUGUUUCCACAAUAAAACUUUUUCUACCAGAUGGUAUGGAAGCCCGGCUCCGCUCAGAUGUCAUCCAUGCUCCAUUACCAAGUCCUGUUGACAAAGUUGCUGCUAACACCCCAAGUAUGUACUCUCAGGAACUAUUCCAACUUUCUCAGUAUCUACAGGAGGCCUUACAUCGGGAACAGAUGUUGGAACAGAAGUUAGCCACACUUCAGCGGCUAUUAGCCAUCACUCAAGAAGCUUCAGAUACCAGUUGGCAGGCUUUAAUAGAUGAAGAUAGACUCUUAUCACGGUUAGAAGUUAUGGGAAACCAAUUGCAGGCAUGCUCCAAAAAUCAAACCGAAGAUAGUUUACGGAAGGAACUCAUAGCACUGCAGGAGGAUAAACACAACUAUGAGACAACAGCCAAAGAGUCCCUGAGGCGGGUUCUUCAGGAGAAAAUCGAAGUGGUCAGAAAACUUUCAGAAGUUGAGAGAAGUCUGAGUAAUACUGAAGAUGAAUGUACCCACUUAAAAGAAAUGAAUGAACGGACUCAGGAAGAAUUAAGAGAGUUAGCCAAUAAAUAUAAUGGAGCGGUUAAUGAAAUUAAAGAUUUAUCUGAUAAAUUAAAGGUAGCAGAGGGAAAGCAGGAGGAAAUCCAACAGAAGGGACAAGCUGAGAAGAAAGAAUUACAGAAUAAAAUAGAUGAAAUGGAAGAAAAAGAACAGGAGCUCCAGGCAAAAAUAGAAGCUUUGCAAGCCGAUAAUGAUUUCACCAAUGAAAGGCUAACAGCUUUACAAGUACGGUUAGAACAUCUGCAGGAGAAAACUCUUAAAGAAUGCAGCAGCUUAGGGAUACAAGUUGAUGACUUCUUACCUAAAAUAAAUGGGAGCACAGAAAAAGAACACUUGCUUUCAGAGAGUGGCGGGGACUGCACUCUCACUCACCAGUUCCUAGAGUGCCAGAAGAAGCUGAUUGUCCAGGGGCAUCUAACCAAAGUGGCAGAAGAAUCAAAGCUUUCAAAAGAAAACCAGGCAAGAGCCAAGGAAUCUGAUUUAUCGGACACUCUGAGUCCAAGCAAGGAAAAGAGCAGUGACGACACUACAGACGCCCAGAUGGAUGAGCAAGACCUAAAUGAACCCCUUGCUAAAGUGUCUCUUUUAAAAGAUGACUUGCAGGGUGCACAGUCAGAAACUGAGGCCAAACAGGAAAUUCAGCAUCUUCGAAAAGAAUUGCUCGAAGCCCAGGAGCUAGCUAGAGCAAGUAAACAAAAAUGCUUUGAACUUCAAGCUCUUUUGGAAGAAGAACGUAAAGCCUAUCGAAAUCAAGUUGAGGAAUCUGCUAAACAAAUACAGGUUCUCCAAGUCCAGCUACAGAGGUUGCAUGUGGAUAUGGAGAAUCUGCAAGAGGAAAAGGACACUGAAAUCUCCAGCACAAGAGAUAAAUUGCUUAAUGCCCAAGAUGAGAUUUUGCUCCUUCAUCAAGCAGCAGCAAAGGCUGCUUCUGAGCGGGACACUGACUUUGCUUCCUUACAAGAAGAGCUUAAGAAGGUGAGAGCGGAACUUGAGAGCUGGAGGAAAACAGCAUCAGAAUAUGAGUUAGAAAUCACGAGUUUACAGAACAGUUUCCAACUUAGAUGUCAGCAGUGUGAAGACCAGCAGAGAGAGGAGGCAACAAGGUUGCAAGGUGAACUAGAGAAGUUGAAAAAGGAAUGGAAUGUACUGGAAACUGAAUGCCAUUCUCUAAAAAAGGAAAAUGUUUUGUUGUCAUCAGAACUGCAGCGGCAAGAAAAAGAAUUGCACAAUUCUCAGAAGCAGAGUCUGGAGCUCACGAGUGACCUCAGCAUCCUGCAGAUGACCAGGAAAGAGCUCGAGAACCAAGUGGGAUCCUUGAAAGAGCAACAUCUUCGUGACUCAGCUGACUUAAAAACUCUUCUCAGUAAGGCUGAAAACCAAGCAAAGGAUGUUCAGAAAGAGUAUGAAAAGACACAGACUGUCCUCUCAGAUCUGAAGUUGAAGUUUGAAAUGACUGAGCAGGAAAAGCAAUCAAUCACAGAUGAACUCAAACAGUGUAAAGACAACCUGAAGCUGCUGCGAGAGAAAGGAAAUAACCCCUCCAUAUUACAACCUGUCCCAGCCGUAUUCAUCGGCCUAUUCCUGGCUUUCCUGUUUUGGUGUUUCGGUCCGUUGUGGUAGAGAAAGAAACCCUGGCCCUGGAUGCCCAUGUUGGCGGCCCUGGUUGCGGUGACAGCCAUCGUGCUGUAUGUGCCGGGUCUGGCCAGAGCUUCUCCGUGACAGUGUCUUGAGUCUGUACACCAUCCUCCUUCUAGAAGCUGGCAUCACACUCAUGCUGGGACAAGCAGAACCAUUUUCUUCUUUUUUACCUCUUAAAACAGCAAAGUGCGAGAAUACAGCUAUAGGGUCAUUGCUUUAACUUAUAUGAAAAUAUAUCUGUCUAUAGAGAGGAUAUAAAGUUGUGAAUUUAUUCGGUUUUUCAUGUAAUUUUUAAAUUAGUAUGUUGAGAGUCUGAAUAUUAUGGUGGCCUAAAGUAGGUUUCUUAGUUCACCAAAUUAUUUAUACCAUAAAUUUAUAAAUAUUUUACUCUGAAUUCUGAUGGCCACAUAAUUCAUUUUUCUGAUUCAAUCACUACUCAAACCGAACAACCAAUACAUACAUGGGAAGAGAGGCCCUGUGUGCUCAGUGCCUAUCAGUUUGAAUAUAUAUACACACUCACAUAUAUAUAUAUAUUUUUUUUACAUAUGUAUGCCAUUUUUACUUGUUAUAAAACCACUGAGCUAUUGGGAACAAGACUUAGACAAUUAUUUGUGUGGAUUUUUUUUUUUAAGGAAAAACACAUUUGGAAAAUACUCUGUUCUAAUGAUAACUUGGGAAAUACAUACAUGUUUGUUCAGCCUUAAUGUGACUUGAAGAUGUGAAGGACAUCAGCUUUGAAAACUUUCCAUGAGAGUUUGUAUUUUCUUGAGCAAACUGAAAUAUUUCUGGGAGCAAAAACACAGUUGCAUAAUUUCAGUGCAAUCAACCAAACUGUUGAGUAAAUUGGAGUGUAACUUACUAAACCUCAUGUAUUUAAGAAAUGUUUUCUUUAAACACCAAGUUACCUUCUCAUAAUACAGCAGUUUAGAAAGCAUGAUUUUUUUUCUGUCAUCUGUUCCUCCAUGCAUGUUUAAUUGAAGGAAGAAUUAUAUCUGUUUAGAUAAGCUUUUGUUGAUUUAAUUUGGUUAUGAUGUGGCGCUAAUUCACAUUCAAGGUGAACUGAUGUUACCUACCAAGAUUUCUUGCUUGGAUAUACAAAUGGUUAUUUCUUUUUAUUGUUCAUCGGGACAGCCUGUUAAUUAGUAGCACUAUUCCCAAGAUUGGUAGUGUUUCUUGCACAGUGACACACCUAAGCACUGCUUGACAUUAUCCAUUUAAAACACAGAGGUUAAAGUUCAGCUAUGGUUUUGUGCAGCACCAUAGUGAUGUCAGUAUCCUAAAGCAUCACAUAGUUCAGUUUUCUUCAGUCAGACUGGGAGGGAAAGUUGGUGAAUUGGCUGGAAUGUUCUAUGAGAAUACCCAGAUCUAGCCAGAUACUGAGAUAUCUGGCUAGGAUAUAAUUUGCCUCAUGAUGUUUUGCGGUUAUUGUUUUUACUUUCAAAGUUGUAUUUAAAGCUCUUUGGGGUCGUUGCUGGGAGAAUCACUAGAUUUAUGGAGGAAUUAGCCACAAAUGACUUGUAGAAAAUACUGUCAUAUAGUUCAUGUUACCAUUCUCUGUUGCAGGAAGCCACUCCACCACAGAAUGCUCAUACGCCAGUGGUACCCAGUACCUCUUGUAUAUAGUUAUUGCAAAUACUGUUCUGAAAUGCAUAACUUCAAAAUUACCUUUUUUAAAGUAAAUAAUUGUUUGAAAUCUAUUUUGUAAAGAUAAAACGUACAAUAGAAUUUCUGGAGUACAGAUUAAACUAUUUGCACUAACACACGUGAUGUGCAUGAUUUAAUAAAAUAACUUUAAUCUCCCUA